CCCGACUACGACGACGUGGAUGACGAGGUGACUCAGAAAUCCUCUUUCCCCAACUCCAGGGGCGGCGGUAAGAACAAGGACGGAAAGAAAUACGACGACCCGUACUACUGCGGCCUGCGCGCGCGCGUGCCCAACUUCGCCAAGGCCAAGGAGGCGCGCGGCGCGAAGGAGGGCGGCGGCGCGGCGGUGGGCGUGGCUCGCGACGGC